GAGCAAAGCAGAGGUGCAAUGUCGCCGGUGGUGAAGGUGUACGGGUGGGCGGUGUCGCCGUUCGUGGCGCGCUCGUUGCUGUGCCUGGAGGAAGCCGGCGUCGAGUACGAGCUCGUCCCCAUGAGCCGCGAGGCCGGCGACCACCGCAAGCCGGACUUCCUCGGCCGGAACCCCUUCGGCCAGGUCCCCGUCCUCGAGGACGGCGACCUCACCCUCUUCGAGUCGCGCGCGAUCGCGAGGCACGUGCUGCGCAAGCACAAGCCGGAGCUGCUGGGCUCCGGCUCGCCGGAGUCUGCGGCGAUGGUGGACGUGUGGCUGGAGGUGGAGGCCCACCAGCACCACCCCGCGGCCGCCGCCAUAUUCGUGCAUUGCAUCGUGGCGCCGCUCCUGGGCGGCGCGCCGGACCAGGCGGUGGUGAACGAGAACGUCGCCAAGCUGCGGAAGGUGCUGGAGGUGUACGAGGCGCGGCUGUCGGCGUCGAGGUACCUCGCCGGGAACGACAUCAGCCUCGCCGACCUCAGCCACUUCCCGAUCAUGCGCUACUUCAUGCAGACGGAGUACGCGUCGCUGGUGGAGGAGCUCCCGCACGUGAACGCGUGGUGGGAGGGCCUCAAGGCCAGGCCCGCGGCGAGGAAGGUGGCGGAGUUCAUGCCGCCGGACCUUGGGCUUGGAAAGAAGGCAGAGCAGUUAUGACAAGUUGACAACAACGCCGGACUGCCGGCGACGGUGACCGAUCGAACAAGGCACGGAAUCACCGGUUUUGCAUUGUACCGCUUUGAAGAUUUUUUGUCUCACGCAUGAAUAAAAUGUAAGA